AUGACUAGAUAUUAUCCUACUGAAGAUGUGCCUCAAAAGCUGUUGAGCCACAGCAAGAAACCCUUCCAUUGGCACGUGAGAAAACUUCAUGCCGGCAUCAGUCUCGGGACCAUUCAGACCAUCCUCACUGGGCACCACGGAGGCAAGAGGGCGCUUUUCCUGAAGGAGCUGGGCAGAGCCCUGCUACUUGCGAGUGGACCUCUGUCCCUUAAUCGAGUUCCUCUGCACAGAACACACCAGAAAUUUGUCAUCACCACCUCCACCCAAAUUGGUAUCAGUGGUGUGAAAAUCCCCAAACAUCUCACAGGUGCUUACUUCAAAAAGCAGAAGCUAUGCAAGCCCAGACACCAGAAGGGUGAGAUCUUCAACACAGAGAAAGAGAAAUAUGAGAUUACAGAGCAGCACAAGGUUGAUCAGAAAGCCAUGGACUCGCAAAUGCUGCCAAAAACCAAAGCUGUCCCUUAG